GUUGGAUCCUUUUGUCCAACCGUUUGAUAUUUUUGUGGCGCCAACUUGGGGGUUCCACUUGACGACUCGCGAGCCUCACAUGGUCUUCUUAAAUUGGCGCGCUGGGUGUUUACUCUUUCUCGUGCUAUCACCUGAUCCGAAUCGAGGGGCGUCUCUUCGAUUGUAACUCCAUAGCCCAGCGUGAGUCCAAGAGGGCAGAGCACGAAGAAGUGGAGGGAGGCACAGAGUCCGCCUUCGUCUGUCUUGAGGGAAUUUGAGAGUUAAGAAGUUUCGCAUCCGCUACCGGCGUCUUCUGUGAUGGCGUCCAUCAACCUUGCGUUGACUACAUCCGUCUGCAAACAACGGAAUGCUGCUCAAUUGGCUUCAUACAAGUUACCGAGAAGAUUUUUACGAGGAAUCGAGGACAUAGGGAACAGUUCGCGUGUACCAAAGGCAGGCCUGACUAACGAUGUUAUGAAUUUUGGACCUAGAUCUUCAUUGACGUUGGAUGGUCCAACAUUUAGCUCAGAGACGAAAAAACAUGGUAAACAUACCGUAGAUCCGGCUGCACCUGAUUUUCUCCCACUUCCUUCCUUUGAGCAGUGUUUUCCUAAGAGUACAAAAGAGUACAGGGAAGUUGUUCAUGAAGAAACUGGUCAUGUCCUCAGGAUCCCCUUUCGUCGGGUCCAUUUAUCUGGAGAUGAGCAUUAUUUUGACACAUAUGAUACCAGUGGCCCUCAAAAUGUGAACCCACGUAUUGGUCUACCUAAGGUACGCAAAAGCUGGGUUGAAAGGAGAGAACAGUUGGGAAUGCCAAGGUGCACACAAAUGUUCUAUGCUAAACAGGGAAUUAUAACUGAAGAGAUGCUAUUUUGCGCUGCACGUGAGAAGCUUGACCCAGAAUUUGUCCGUUCAGAGGUUGCACGUGGGCGAGCCAUCAUCCCAUCCAACAAGAAGCACUUGGAGCUGGAACCCAUGGUGGUUGGGAGAAACUUCCUGGUCAAAGUCAAUGCCAAUAUUGGGAAUUCGGCUGUGGUCAGUUCCAUUGAAGAUGAGGUACAUAAGCUACAAUGGGCAACCAUGUGGGGUGCUGACACGGCUAUGGACCUCUCUACUGGUAGACACAUACAUGAAACUCGUGAAUGGAUUCUUCGUAACUCAGCUGUUCCAGUAGGCACGGUGCCUAUAUACCAGGCCCUUGAGAAAGUAAAUGGAAUUGCAGAAAACCUUAGCUGGGAAGUUUUCAGAGAUACCUUGAUUGAACAGGCAGAACAAGGUGUCGACUAUUUCACCAUUCAUGCUGGGGUACUGCUACGAUAUAUUCCCUUAACUGCAAAUCGAAUGACUGGUAUCGUGUCUCGUGGUGGUUCUAUUCAUGCAAAAUGGUGCUUGGCUUACCACAAGGAAAAUUUUGCUUACGAGCACUGGGAUGAGAUCCUUGACAUCUGUAAUCAAUAUGACGUGGCACUCUCCAUCGGUGAUGGGCUGAGACCUGGAUCAAUUUAUGAUGCCAAUGAUUCUGCGCAGUUUGCAGAACUUCUGACACAAGGAGAGCUGACACGCCGGGCAUGGGAGAAAGAUGUGCAGGUAAUGAAUGAGGGGCCUGGGCAUAUUCCAAUGCAUAAAAUUCCUGAGAAUAUGGAAAAGCAGCUGGAAUGGUGUCAAGAAGCACCUUUCUAUACACUUGGUCCAUUGACAACAGAUAUUGCCCCAGGAUAUGAUCACAUCACUUCCGCUAUUGGCGCUGCCAAUAUUGGAGCUCUUGGUACUGCUUUGCUAUGCUAUGUGACUCCUAAAGAACAUCUGGGGCUACCUAACAGGGAUGAUGUUAAGGCUGGUGUUAUAGCAUAUAAGAUUGCUGCGCAUGCUGCUGAUUUAGCUAAGGGUCACCCACAUGCCCAAGCAUGGGAUGAUGCAUUGAGCAAGGCAAGAUUUGAAUUUAGAUGGAUGGAUCAGUUUGCUUUGUCCUUGGAUCCCAUGACUGCUAUGGCUUUCCAUGAUGAAACCUUGCCAUCAGAAGGCGCUAAAGUCGCACAUUUCUGUUCUAUGUGUGGGCCAAAGUUUUGCUCAAUGAAGAUAACUGAGGAUGUUCGAAAAUAUGCUGAGGAGCAUGGUUAUGGUACUGUGGAGGAAGCUGUUCGAGAGGGUAUGAAUGCUAUGAGUAAGGAGUUUUUAGUGGCAAAAAAGACCAUCAGUGGGGAACAACAUGGUGAAGUUGGUGGGGAAAUUUACCUUCCAAGGAGUUAUGUAUCAGGAAACAUGGAGCGAUGAAGGUAACUAUUCGUAAUCUUGAAGGAUCGGAUUGAGUUCCAUGUCUGAAUGGUCCCUUUUGUUCUUAUCUGGUUGUGGGGGUGCCUGCAUCUGCGCUUUCCCAUCCUGUUGGUUGGGAGUGCAGGCUGAGAAAGUCCCUUUGAACCUGAACAGGAUAAUACCUGCGUAGGGAGUGUGCAUUUUUCGUUCUGUCACAGGAUCGUGCUGUAUGUUCUGGUGGUUUCGAGCAAGAUUUUGCUAAAGGAUAUGUGGAUCAAUCUCAGAAUGAUAAGCCUGAAAAGGGAGAUCAUUUCCUGGCCCUAGCUCCCUACUUUAUCUCCUUUUUUUUUCUCUUUCCCUUUUCUUGUUGAAUUCUAAGAAUCUAUUGCGGUGCCUCCUGCUACAAUAGAUGUCAAUGCAAGAAUUUUGCUUCUUGCAGUGACAUAAAUGCUGUGCUUGCUUCAUCAGGAGGUGUUGUAUUGUUGUUUAGUUGCUUCAUUGCAAAUUGCUUAUAUGAGCAGGCACCAGGGGUGCUUGGACUGUCUUUCCCUACCCAUGGGAGUAAUGACUGGUUCAGGCUGAGAAAGUCCCUUUGAACCUGAACAGGGUAACACCUGCGUAGGGAGUGUGCUGCUUGUAUUCCUCUGAUUUUGCAGGGUGCUUCCUAUUCUUGGCGAUGCUGGAAGUAUUGGUUUUUCUUUCCUUUUUACGCAAGUGUGCAAUGCACAAUCGGCUACUUCAAGCGAUUUGCGCGGAAUGACUGUGCAAUCGGUUCUUACAGCUGCUUAUAAACAAGUUUGGCGAUGCAUUUGUGAUUCUAAGGAUCGGAUGUGAAAUGUGGGCCCCUUCAUUUCUUGACAUUUGUCAUGCUAAGCUAUCUGCCUUUAGUCACUCCUGCUUUGAGGACCAGUCUGCUUUUAUGUGGCCCGUCAUGCCUUGUGGUGGUGGCGGAGCUACGAUUCUUUUGGCGGAGAGUCACAAGCUCAUACCUAGUGUGGGCUUCUUUAUUUUGAGUCAUCACAAUGUGAUUAUCAGCUAGUCCAGUGAAAUUUAUCUUGGGCAGCUAUGGGCGGUAGAUCAUACCAGCCUCUAUGUAUCUCUGCCUGCCUCUAUGUAUCUCUGCCGCUGCUUCCUGAAAUGGUCAACCGCCCAUACCAGCCUCUAUGUAUCUCUGCCGCUGCUUCCUGAAAUGGUCAACCGCCCAUACCAGCCUCUAUGUAUCUCUGCCGCUGCUUCCUGAAAUGGUCAUGGUAGGCCACUUGGAUAUUGCAAAUAAGUGAACCAUGAAUAAUAUACAAGUAAUAUUGGAGAUC